AUGGCCACCCUGACCGAUAGAACCUACUUACCGCCGCUCGAGGAGUGCCUGAGCGGCGGCCGACUCGUCCUCUCGUGGAGACUCAUCGCUAUCGCUCUCGAGAGCCAGGCGUGCGACCAACUCAACAGCGCUGCCCUAUCCGCCUUUCUCCGAGAUGGCUACGUCCACCAGCUCCUCCGAGAGCCAUCCACCACGUUUUCACCACCAACAAACCAAACCAAGCUCGACUUCGAGACCAAGACGGGCGCCAUCAACGUCGUGCCGUCGCCCGCCGACCCCUACAGCCUCGACACCUUUAAGGAUGAUGCACGGUGGCUGAGCAAGCAUGCCGACAUCAACGAGGUCGCGGCCCUGCGUGUCGUGCUGAUCGAGUACCAGUCGCGCGCGCGCAACCACCUCACAGGUCCGCUUUCUGCCCAGGAUGUGGCCAACAUCCAGGAGGCCGCCGGCGUGGGAGACGGGCAGACCUCGGCCGUCAUGGCGCUGCUCGACACCACCGCUACUGCUGCUGCCGACGCCGAGUCCCUCUGGGCUGAUUUUGAAAGUGACCACGCCCGCCGCGGUCGCCUGCUGGACACGUACCUCUCCGAGCGCCGGUUUUUCGUCGCUGCGGUCGACUCCCUGCUCGCUCUGCUGCUGCACUCGGGGGCAGGCUCUGAUCUCGACGGCUUACGCGACGGGAUUCUGCUCGACGCUUUCGGAUUUGACGAGCAGGCUACCGACGUCUCGGCGCGGCUCAACGCCCUCGCUCCUACGUACAUGGGCGUUCUGCAAGACUGCUGCGUGCGCGCCCAGAGCGGGCCGAAAUCCUCCUCGUGCCAGGCCCCCCAGAUGGCGACGGAGGAAUUCGCAGCGGAUUGGGUUAGGACGGCGCUUAGCGAAGCUAUCCACGCGGCCUCGGUGGUAUUCCAGAUCCUCGACCUCAAGUCGUCCCAGUUCGCGCCGCCGGAACUCGUGACCAAGUGGUUCGCGUUGAUGGACCUUUGCGAGUUCUUGACGCCGAUUGGGGGUGACCACCCGCUACUCACUGAGCUACUGCCGCCGCUUCAUAGCCUUGUCUCGGCUAUUUCGUUGAAGCUUCUCAACAUCGACCGGUCGCUUUUGUACCUCGACCAGGACGUCGACCUACUAGAAGACGAGGACCCGUACCUAGCUUCAUCCGACGCCCUCACACAGAUCCACACCACCAUCACGGCGGCCGCGGGCGCGGACCUGAUGACCGCCAUGCCAGUCGUCUUCGCCUGGUCGCUCAUCCUCCAUCAAAUGCACGUCGGGUAUCAGGAGCGGGCCGAGCGCCGGGAUCUACUGCAGAACCAGCGGGCGCAGGCCGGGUUCGAGCUGGAGUACGAGCCGUCGGGUAGGCAGCGACGGAAUUCGGCGGGCAGCAUCGUAUCCAUCGAGGCGUCCUCGUACGACGUGUUUCUGGCGUCGCAGCAGCUGGAGCGCAACAUCGAGCCGGCCGAGAAUAUGGCCCGAGUCGCGACCGCGGGAGGGCGUGUGUUUGACCUGAUGUCUGAGAUGGCUGUCUGUCUCGGCUCGAGUCAGGCCGCGGCGUUCCGCCCAGUACUGGGAGCCCGCGCGCGUCUGGUAUUCCAGGACCUGCUUAAGCGCAGCUUCCACUACGUGGGCUACCAGUCGGAACCGGUCUCGUGUCUGAUCUCUGUUCUCUCGGGAGGAAGCCAAUACUGGGACAUCGCUACGGCUACGGCUACUGCUACUGUCAGGGCCAGCCUGGAGAUUUACACCCGCAUGCUCAGCGACGACACACUUAACAGCCAGUACACGGCACAGGCCCGCAACCGGUUUCCCUACGAGUUCCUCCCGUUCGCUUCGCUGUGCCGCAUUUUGGCGGGAGCGUUAACAUCCGACCGCGAAACCUCGGACGUGAUCACCUCGCUGCUGACCCGGACGCCUAGUCUCACGGUGCAGUGGGACACCCGCUGGGACCGGUCGUACGAGCUGGUGUUUGAGGAGGAAAACACAAAUUCGUUCCGGCUGAUCCGGGACAUCGACCUCUUUGCCGAUGCCACAGCCAACUCGACGGCAGCGGAAUACCGGAGGACCUCGGCCGAUGAGCGGUGCACGAUCCCGAGCGGGACGUACGGCCGGUUUGUGACGGAUGUUGGGCGGGUGGCCAAGCUCGAUUUCGAGCACUCGGCACUCGCUGUGCUGGGGAAACGGAUUGAGGCUAGCUUAGGCGAGCGGGCGCAUGGUCAACAUCAUCGUGGAAAUGGGGGGCUGGGGCCGCUGGGUAUUGAGGAGCUCGCUGAGGGGGUUGCGCUGCUGGCGACGGUGCUGCGUGCGGCGUACAUUCAAGGUUCAUCCGACUCGUCUUCGACUUCGGCCUCGGGUUCCUCUUCCCCUCCCCGGACAUCAGCAGCCUCCGACAGGGCCUUGAGCAUCCUCGACGAAGCCAGCCGGCUACUUCCCCGAGGCAAAGACAUCCUCGGCACCAUCGCCGACACCGUGGACGGGCUCGCAGAGCAGGACGUGGCCGAGCUCGACGGCCCUAGCAUCGCGGCGCUAUCGUCGUGUCUGCAGUUCCUGCACGCCGCACUGCCCGUGUGUCCCGGGCGAGUGUGGGCGUACAUGGCGCGGUGCGCGCUGGUCAACCGUGAUACGCGGACGGGUCGGCUGGUGCGUAUUACCGCGCAGCUGGAUCUGUUUGCGGAACGGUAUGAUCUGUUGGUGUCGGCCGCGCAGUUGUUUUCGGCGCUGGUGGAGAGUGCCAUGACGAGUGCGGUGCAAAGGCGGACUUUGGGGAGUACUGCCAAUGGCAAGGGAUCGACAACAACAAAAGGGGCAGCAGCUGGAACAGUAGCGGUAGUUGACAGGUCAGAAAAGAACCCGUGGCUCGGAGCAUCAGAUAAGAUGAUCUCGCGCGUGGCGCUCUCAGUCGCCGAGGCGUGUCUCGACAUCUUCGAGAGCUCAGCCACCUGGCGGCUGCCGUCCGAGGCCGAUCGCAGCGCGCUGAUCCGCGAUAUCGUGGGGGUCAUGGACAAGCUGGUGUCGUAUACCUACGGCGUGGGCGCGGACAACACCAACGAUGAUGAGGCAAAGACCAAGAGUUUGGCCGCACCGCUCGUGCAGGCGACUGGGCUGGUGGUGGACAGUUUCCUCGCGACGUCGUCUAGCUCUGGCGCGUUACGGUUCCAGCCGCUGUUGGCGACGUUUUUGGCGGCUUUUCAACUGCCCGACUCGACGACGUUGUACCAGCGACGGGCGCGUGUGGUUUCGGAGCGGCUGACGACUGUGCUCGGGUUUGUGACGACGCUUUUGCGCGUCGCUGGGGCCGACAAAACCAAGACAGCUUCGGUAGCUGUCCUCCAAGCGCAACUCUUCCAGUCGGCCUCGGUCAUCGCCCGCCUGCCCGCUGUGCGCCACGCCUUCCGAUCACCGGCGCUCUCACUGCUCAGCGCGCUGGUGGAAAGCGCCGGACGCAGCCCCGGCGAGCCACCAUCGCUGCUGGGCUACCUGGGCCCGCCGGUAUCGCGGUCCUUUUUACAGAUCGCUGCCGCGCUCGACAAGCCGUUUGACCGCACGCCAGAAGCGGCGCAUACCUGGCGGUUCUUCUCAACGAUCCUGCGGAACCGCCAGCCGUGGAUGGCCAACUGCUUGCUGACGGGCAAGACGCCGAGGGAAGCGCUGGGGUCGACCAACGGGAACGAAUUGAAGUCAGCCAAGAUCUCGCAGCUCUCAGCGGGUUCCUCGGUGCUUGCCACGGCCCUCGACAAGCUCCGCGUACUACGCCAGCUGCCGAGCCAAGAGAGCCUGGCCGUGCUGGACUUCUUCACGUCCGCGCAGAAUUACUGGCCGUGGACCAUCUUCGCGACACAGCAGGACACCGCCUUCCUCCAGGAACUGCGGGCGUACGUGCGCGAUCUCAAGGCUCCAUCUGUCGUUUCCAAGGCGGGCGCCAAAGCCGCCGAGGACGCCUGCUACCAGGCCCGCAUCGCGGCGUAUAUCGCCGAGACGUUCGCCAUGCAGCUGUAUCAUCUCCGACAGAUGCGCCAGGCGCAGAGUUUUGCCGUCGACGUCGUCAACGAUCUGGACUAUUUCCUGCGUGACGCUGUGGCUGUGGCGGAUUACAAUGCUUCGCUACAUGCGAAUUUGGCGCGGAACUUUGCAAAUCGAUACCCCGGGUGUUCGGUGGAUGGGUUUCGCCGGACGCUGUUGUUGGCGCCGAGGCCGCUGGGGCCGGGGUAUUAUUAUGCGCUGGAUGUUGCGGAGGCUGCGCUGCGGCAUGAUGCUGCGUGGGUUGGGGGGGCUAGGGGGGAGGGGUUUAGGAGGGAGAUGGAGACGGCGAAUGUGAAUUUGUCGUUGGUUGAGGCUGAGGUGUCCCUCUUCCACGCGUGGGAGUACCUCCUCCUCGAGCUCAGCGCCUGCUUGCUGCCCAAACACCAGGCCGUAGCCCGGCAGAUGCUGCAGGUGGCCGGCCAGUGCCUCGAGGCCAACCAGCGCCCGCAGCCCCCCGAGCAUGUCUUUGUGGUCCUGGCUGGUUCUCGCGCUAACCUCGCUCUGACCCUGCUGCGUCGCCUGGCCGACUGCUCGUUGCUGCUGCCCCAGGACAUGGGCCAUCUGCUGUCGCUUGUCACGGCCGCGAUUCACAGUGUUGAGAACCCGUGGGGUGAGGGGCAGAUUGGGUAUUUUAGGACGCUGUUGAAGAUGUUGUUUGUGGUGUUGCGGGGGGCUAAGAAUUCUCCGAGUUCUACGGGUAAUACGAACGGUAGCAGCACCGGCACGAACCCCAGCACGCCUAAGUCCGGCGAAAGCCCCGUCGCCGUCUCCCAGCUAGUCCUCGCCACCCUCGACCGCGUCGUCGCCCGCUCCUUCCGGGACCUCGCCGCCCUGGUCCACGAACCCUCGGCGCCUACGACACCAGAAGACCUGGCCCUCGUCACCGCCAUCCUCCAAGCCUGCCUCAGCGUCCCCGGCAUCGAGCAAUGCCACGUGCAGAUCCUCAACAUCAUGGCCUCCCACGACAUCCUACACGUCGCCACCUCGCUCUUCUCCUGGUCCGACCGCCUCGCCGAUUCCGUCCCCGGCCACCACGGCGACCCCGUCUACGGCGAGCUCGCCGUGCUCUUACUCCGCGAACUAUCCGCCCUGCCUGCCUUGGCUGAACAACUCGCCUGCGAUGGUUUACUCGGACACCUCACCUCGGCUAACAUCGCCGGAUACCUCCGCCGCGCCCACGUCGACCCCCUAACCGACAACCCCGGCGCCGCGCGCUGCUACGCCAUCUGGGCUAAAGGCUUCCUCCCUUUACUCCUCAACCUCCUCGACGCGCUUGGUCCAACCAUCGCCCCCGAAGUCGCCUUCGUCCUCAACCAGUUUCCCAACCUCCUCCGUUCCUCAGCCGACCGCCUCGAGGCCCCCGGUCUCAGCCGGACUUCUACAAAUAACAACGCCCAUUUCCUGACACUGAUCGGCGUCUCCGAAGUGCACUCCCUAGCUUUACUCACCGGUGUGUUGGGCGCGUUGAGAGCGGCGAAUACGAGGGAUAUACCCGAGGUGGUGUGGGAUGGGGGGUUUGUGUUGGAGAGUGUGGAGUUUUGGUUGGCGAGUCGGAAGGUGUUACGGGAGAGGUUGUUGCCGUUGGGGGCGAGGGAGAUGGAGUGGCGGGGGGCGGGGCCGAUGGGGGGUGUUGGGGCUGCUGGAGGGAGUGAGACGAGGUUGGAGGAGAAGGUUGUUGGGUUGUUGGAGGGGAUUCGGGAUGUUUUGGUUGAGGGGAGGGAGUGA